AUGGUGCUUUCACCGGUGUUGCUGUCGCUUCUUUGUUGCAAUCUUUGUCUCCAAAGCUUGCUGUGGGGUUUGGAAGCUAUGUACUCUAGACAAGCCGUUUCUCUUCCUCCAGACAGCGCUGUCAACUACUUUGCCCGUUACAAUGCCGGAAACUGGAUUGCCACUGCCUCUUUGCAAGCUCAAGGUGCUUUGGUCGGUACUUUCUGGAGAAAGGUUACCGACAAAGUUGAAGCCGGUUUGGAGACCCAAUUGGUUGCCUCUGCUAAGCCAAUUGUCGACUCCUUGAUGGGCACUCCUAUUGGCUACGAGCCUGUUGUGGAGGGCCAGACCACCCUUGGUGCCAAGUACGAAUACCGUCAAUCUGUCUUUAGAGGCCAAAUCGACUCCACCGGUAAGGUUGGAGUGUUUAUGGAAAAGAGAGUCUUGCCAACCGUGUCCAUUUUGUUCUCUGGUGAAAUCGACCACGUCAAGAACGCUUCGAAGUUGGGUGUUGGUUUGCAAUUCGAGUCGGCUGGUAGUGAGCAAUUGAUGUUGAUGCAGCAGGGCUUGGUUGAUGCCAACGGUAACCCUGUUCCUGGCGCUCCCCAGUUGUAA